UUUUUGUUCUUGCUGUCAGUCUUGCUCCAAAGUAGGAAGUCGAACGUCCGACCAUGUUCUAUUCUUUAAAACUACAUAGACUUUUCUCAGACCAUUAGGAAUAUAAGCUGUUAUGCUGUUGUACUGUGACUGCUCGGAGCGCAGCUGAUGGUUUGUCGGGCCAGACGGCAGGAUGGCUGCUAGCCGCUGCUAGCUCCAUGUCUGACUCGUGGAGGCUGAGUGUGUGACGGGGAUGGAUGAUGCCAUUACACUCAGCUCCGGGAGUGACAGUGGCGACUCUGAUGUCGAAAUUAUCGGUGCGUACACCGAGAGUAAAGCUGACUCCAAGCCAUUUGUUAAGGGGGAUUUGGUGGACGUUUCUACCUCGGGCGGCACACCGCUUUUUAUCGACCUCACAGAUCCCACAUUGGUACUUCCGGGACCGAGGAGGCGCAAAAGGCAACAUUCCAGUGAUUCGAUCAAAGUGCUCAACGUGACUCACGGUGAUGGAACGAACAGGACCGAGCAGACUUUGCCACCAGAGGACUACGGAAGAAAAUAUGGAAAUGGAGCUAAAAUUCUACGAUCACACAGAGGAGGCUCAAACUCACAGGAAACGCCCUCAAACAGCUCCUCUUUUUAUCCGUUGCAGGACUGUGAUGUCCCAAAGGCAAGGCAGGGACAUUUUUUAGAAUAUGUCGCCGAAACACCACAGCAAAAGCAGACAAAUGAAGCAAACCACUCUACUGUCCUUGUAAACACACCUGUUGUAAUAUUAAGAAGGUUGCCUUUACCUGAAGCUCGUAUCAGGGAGCUGAAAACAUCGAGGUACUCCGCUCGUUUGCCUGAAGAUUGUGACCAGUUGUCAUCAUGCCCUGAAAAAGUAGUUAGUCACAGUAUAGCACCAGAAUGCAUUAACUUAAGGACCACUACCCUCACAAAGGCUCCACAGCUAAGCCCCCUGGUGGAUGAGUCUCCAGAGGUGUUUGAAGUAGAAAACCAGAAAGACCAGGGAAGCAGGCUGUCAUCACUUGAAGACAUACUCUCUCUCCCCCUACAAAGCCUGGACAACUCUCAUUACUUAGAUGAAAGAAACUCAAAAGAUUGCCACACCUGCGAGUCAAAGAGGACAGACUUUUGUUCAUCCCCGCUCGUCCCCUCUGUGACGUCCUCACCUUUAUCUCAAGACGUACAGGGGUCCUACCAAACAAAUCUCUCCUCUUCCAAACAUUCCCUGCCUUCCUUUGACUCAGGAGCUCAGCAUCUUGAAUUGAACCAGUCAGAAUCUGGACAAAACCUCCUCUCUGUUCGCACCUCUCCCUGCGUCCCCUCCACUGGACCAGACCCUCACAUUCCCCAGCAUGUUGACCUCAGCCACCACCCCUGCACAAGUUCACCAUCUCAUUAUAAUACCUGUGAAGGCCAAGCGGAUCCAGGCCCCACUGCUGAAGAUACGCUGGCUGGGAAGACCGCCAUAUGGCAAGCAGAGGAGGCUGAGGCCCAUCUGGGCGUGGACGGCCCUGCCUGCCUGGGUAACGAUGAUCCUCCCCCAUCAGUGACCAGAACUGAGGACCUGGAUGGGGGAUCCUUCAGAGGUGACCUGGGAGUUGAAAGUCCAGUGCACGUUGACUGGAGUGAAGGAGAAGAGGCGAAUCACGAGAGCAAGUUUGAUGUGAAUUUCAGGAGUGCCAGUCGGGAGGACAGACGUUACGUGUGCCCUGCUGCUCUCAGUAAAAUAAUAUCUAGAGGAGUUCAAGGCCUGAAUAAUAAUGAGGAGGAGGAAGACAGCUUUGGUGCUCCAGAGGUGCUGUGCCGACAAAGCCUGAGCCUGGUUUACAGCACCAUUGAAGAAAGCUACACAGAGGGCACUCUACAGCUCCUCUCUGACCUGCUGCAGCCUGGCUACUACCCCCCAAAGGACAUCACCUCCCAUCUGCUGCGGGGCGUCUUGCUCGAUCUCCAGUGUCCCCAGCACCUCUGUGUGCAGGCUUUUAAUCUGCUGAUGAGGACGCAAAGACACCACAUGGCUGAUAAAACCACAAUUCCAUGGGACUGGGAGUUGUUGACCUCGGUCAUGGCCAAUCAGGACCAUGACAAGAGGCACCGCUGUGAAGUUGUGCGCAUGUUCCUGGAGUAUGUCGUGCAGACUCUGGAGGACGACUUCCAGGCCAAAGUCUCGGCCUCUGCCCUCCGCCGGUCAAUCGCUAAGGCAACCUUGUCGUGCGAUCUACAUUUCACUCAAGUCAAAGAUGUCAUUAAGUGGCUGUUUGCUGCUAUUAUGAAAUCAGCAGAAUGUGAACACAGCGAGGAAGUCGCCAAAGAGAGGCAUGAACAUAUCAGGAUGGUGUCUGCCUUCCAGAGGAUGCUGGCUCUGGCUCUGGAGGUGGAUCGCUCUCCAGGUCUCAACGCUGACAAGCUGUCCCAGGAGCUGUUCCACAUGCUCGUCCACACUGCACCGUUACGAACACACAGACCUAGGAUGCUGCUGCUGGAGAGCCUGCAGAGCAAGCUGCUGAGGUGUAAGCUGUUGGAACAUCUGCUGGAUUACGCCUGCCCACAGAAAACUCCACUGCCCAUGUCCCUCAGUCUGCUGCUGCACUUUCUGAAGAAUUGCACUCUUAAACCAGACCAUAUGGACGGUGCUGAAAGGUGGCGGAGAUGGGAAGAGCUCAUCCAGCUCCUCUGGAUGUUGAUGCUGAGCUACAUCAGAGUGAUGAAAGGCCACCUGUGCAGCCCGGUCACUGAACGCCCAGCCAACGCCAACGCCUCGGUCAACAAGCCCCACGACAUGUUGUGCAGGUCCACUGUCCGGGAGGCUGUGGAGUCCUUCUUGUCCAGAUCGCACGCCGACCUCGGUCAAGCCUUACCCCUUCAUGUUGAAGAGUCCCUCACCUACCUGCAGGAUCAUCUGCUAGAUGUCUGCCAGUUCUGAACACGCACUAUUUUGUUGUUCAACCAUUCUCUCAUUAUGCAGUUUUGAAUAAACUGUUGUUGUUUUUUAAGUUUUGUUUUAAUUAUUGAUAUAUUUAUUUUUUUAUUUUUUUU